UAAAAGUGAAACACAGAGAGAGGAAAUUGAGAAAAUGGCGAAUCUGGCUAGCGGUACAAAGAAUGCGCCCCCUUCCCUUCCGAUCACUUCGGCAUGUGUGAUGUAGGUAAAGUCAGAGAUUAGUCUCACUUCUAUCCAGGACUCCAUCCCUCUUCUCUCCUUCUUCCUUCCUUCCUUGCUCCCGCAUCUCUGUCAUUCUUCCGCUUUCCAGGGAAGAAGGGCCCCAAACGGGCAACAGCAAUUAUACAAAGGUUUCGGUUACAAAAUCGAAAGAGUUGGGUUCAGCGAAAUUCCGGCCAUGUCUGACGCUCUCAUCAAUGGCCUCGCCGGGGCAGGCGGUGGAAUCAUCGCUCAGCUCAUCACUUAUCCUCUUCAAACCGUAAAUACUCGGCAGCAAACGGAGCGGGGCGUGCAGAAGGAACAACAGAAGAAGACUGUCGGCACCAUACAGCAAAUGUGCCAGGUUGUGAGGCAUGAAGGAUGGGGGCGACUGUACGGAGGAUUAACUCCAUCAAUUGUAGGAACUGCUGCAUCCCAGUGCAAUUGACUGUGUUUGGAGUGGCUGAUGCUGAUCCCGUUUCAUAUUUGCCGUUAAUAUUGUUUCCAAUGGCACUUGGUGUUCACUGUCGUCUAUUAUUGCAGAAGGGUGUCUAUUAUUAUUUCUAUCAAAUAUUUAGGGACAGAGCUCAAGCUAAGGCACUUAAACGUCAGAGGAAAGGUUUUGGUGAUGGAUCCAUUGGGAUGUUUUCAUCACUUGUGGUGGCUGCAUUAGCUGGGUCCGUUAAUGUGUUGAUGACCAACCCUAUCUGGGUGGUUGUUACACGAAUGCAGACUCACAGAAAGGCUGCAAAGAAAUCAGAACCUAGUAGCUCAUCAGAUGCUUCAGCUAAGCUUAUAGUUCCAACUGAUCCUCCUCCAUUUGGAACUUUUAAUGCGAUUCAAGAAAUCAUUGAUGAAGCUGGUAUUCCAGGUUUCUGGAAAGGUGUAUUACCAACACUAAUCAUGGUGAGCAAUCCUGCAAUACAAUUCAUGAUAUAUGAAACCCUGCUAAAGAAGUUGAAACAACGACGUGUGUUGCUUAACAAGGGUGGAAAUGGAGUAACUGCUGCGGAGACAUUUCUUUUCGGAGCAUUGGCUAAACUGGGAGCUACUGUCGUAACCUAUCCUCUUCUUGUUGUUAAGUCACGUCUUCAAGCUAAACAAGUUACCACCGGAGAUAAAAAGCAUCACUAUAAAGGUACGGUAGAUGCUAUCCUGAAGAUGAUCCGCUAUGAAGGUUUCCAUGGUUUUUACAAAGGUAUGAGCACGAAGAUCUGUCAGAGCGUGUUAGCGGCUGCUGUGUUGUUCAUGGUGAAGGAAGAACUCGUCAAGGGGGCCCGUUUCGUACUCACCGGAGGUGCUGCAAGUAAAGCACUGAAAUCAAAGCAUCCUUAACAGCUCCACUUUAUUACAUUCCCUCCUGCAAUCUCUUCAUGUUAUGGUUUUCCUGAAUCAAAAUCCAUACACCCAAUUGUUAGGCUUUCGAAAUUUGAUAAUAAAGAUAUACCUUGAGAUUGUUUUAUUUCUUGGCUGCUAUGGUUUAAAAGUGCUGUAAUCUGCAAGCGGUUUGGUAUUAAUUAGGCCAAGUCCAAUGCAAAACCUCCCAAAUUUAUUGAUUGAUCCCCAUUUUUCCUUCUUUUGCUCCAAUGCUUCAAUUUUCAUAUUUGGG